GGCCCGUGUUUUGUUUUUGCCUGGCCGGGGCGGUCGCCUCACAUACAGUCCGGAGCGCAGAGAGCGGUGAAAGAUGCCGUCCGAGAAGAGCUUCAAGCAGAGGCGGACUCUGGAGCAAAGAGUGGAAGAUGUGAGGCUCAUCCGAGAGCAGCACCCCAACAAAAUCCCGGUCAUCAUCGAGAGGUACAAGGGGGAAAAGCAGCUCCCAGUUUUGGAUAAAACCAAAUUCCUCGUUCCUGAUCACGUCAAUAUGAGCGAGCUCAUCAAAAUCAUCCGGCGACGCCUACAACUGAACGCCAACCAAGCGUUCUUCCUCCUGGUGAACGGUCACAGCAUGGUGAGCGUGUGCACGCCGAUCUCCGAGGUGUACGAGCGCGAGAAGGACGAAGACGGCUUCCUCUACAUGGUCUACGCUUCACAGGAGACGUUCGGCAUGAAAGACGCGUGAAUCGGCGCCGCGGCUGACAUUUUGGUUUUAAUUUGAUUUUU